CCGCCUUCACCGGCGCGGCGACACGCACGCGCCGUCACGUGUGCUACUGUAAUCCCGCCAUAUUCCUCUUUCUCUGGGAGCGACCGAGCUGAUCGGGCGGACCGAGAUGUUUGCGCUGCCGGCAAACAGCACUGUCCCGAAUACCGACGCUGAGGAUGGGGACCGCAACGGCCUGCAGGCGGAGGUAGGCGGCGGGCCGCCGGAGCCGGCCCGGGCGCGGCCUGAGGAGCCCGGGGAAGGUCUGAUGGCGGCGGCCAGGGAAGUUCCAGUGGCGGCGGCCGGGGCAGCAGGGAUGGCGGAGGUCGCCCGACUGGUGGCGGAGCCAGCGGAGGAAGAGGGUCAAGAGGGCUGGCCCGGGAACGGCCCCGGCCUGGCUGCGUUGCCUCACGGCCUUUAUCGCGUGUUGAGCGUUGGGGAAAUUAUUCACCUGUAUCAGCAGCUCUACGUGAUGGUUGUGGAAGUGCAGGAGCCUGAACUCCGCGGGAGAUUUGUGGAAGCCGAUUUUGAUGCCGAGUAUCUGUGGAAUCCUCCGAGGAUUGAUUUUGAUGUUCUAACAGGUAUAACUAUGACUCCGUCUGCAGUGAUCGACCCUCUGGUAGAAGAACUUGGUUGUGAUAAGUUAAUCAGAAGAGAAUAGUUUGGUGAUGAAACUGCUUCCAGAAGAACCUCUGUGCUCAAGACAGCCUUAUGCCAAUCCUGGAACUUGGUUUUAAAAAGGCAGUUGUAUGCGCAUAAGGCAGUGCACAGUUGAGAAAAACAAAGGAAGCUUCUCGUGAAAAACAUCAGAAAAGAAAAAACAAGCCAAAACUGUUGGGACUCCUGUAUUGUUCUUUGGGUUGGUGACUGAUAGGGAUUCUUUUCCUUGGGUUUGGAAGUGUCUUUCAAAAUUGCUAAACUAAAAAGUGAAGAAUGGUUCUAUAAAAUUGAGACUUGAUAAAGAAAUGUUGCCAGUAAUAAAACUCAUGAUGACGGAAGUGUCAAGUAGCAAUAGUAGGAAUAAGGAGUCAGAGCUGCGUUAUCAGACUGGAGGACAUGAGCGAACCUGAAAUUGUCAGAAAAUGUGUUCUCUUCAUGUCAGAUUCAACAGAAAUUUUUAGUGUAUAGAUUUUGUUUUCUAAGGUAGUUCCAAUGACAAACCAUAUAAAUACUGUAUGUAUUA